AUGGAGCGUGCGGAGCGCGGCAGCGCCUUCCCCCGUCAGCAGCGCCCGAUCGCGCUCCGGGGCCGCGCUCCGGGGCCGCGCUCCGGGGCCGCGCUCCGGGGCGUGGCCCGGCCCGGGGCGGGCCCGCACUACAAGUCCCGAGAGGCGGCGGGCGUGGGCCGAGUCGUCCCCGCUCCCUGCGCGGGCCCGGCGAUGCCGGCGGAGAGCGAGGAGGGUCCGGCCGGGGACCAGCCCGGCCCAGGCCACCCCAAGCUCUGCGGGUACCUGCAGAAGCUGUCGGGCAAGGGGCCCCUGCGCGGCUACCGCAGCCGCUGGUUCGUGUUCGACCCCCGCCGCUGCUACCUCUACUACUUCAAGGGGCCGCAGGACCCGCUGCCCCUCGGGCACCUGGACAUCGCCUCCGCCUGCUUCAGCUACCACCAGCCCGAGGCCGGCGCGGCCGCCGCGGGGGAUGAGCCCGCCGCCUUCGAGGUGCACGGCCCCGGCGGCGCCGUCACCGUGCUCAAGGCUGCAACUCGGCAGGACAUGACCUACUGGCUGCAGGAGCUGCAGCAGAAGAGGUGGGAGUACUGCAACAACCUGGACGCAGCCAAGCGGGACAGCCGGACCUCCCCCACGCCCAGUGACUUCUCCAAAGGUCUUGUGGCCAAAGACAGCCCUGAUUUGAGUAUCCUAAGUCAAAAUGCUUCAGCAGAGAGAGCUAGAAAUAUUCUAGCUGUGGAGACUUCUCCUACAGACCUGGUGGGGGAACAAGCAGCCUCCCAGCCUGCACCAGUCCAAGCAAGUGCCAUCAACUUCUCACUUAAACAGUGGGGUACUGAGAUCAAAAACUCCAUGUCCUCCUUGAGAAAAGGAAGCAACGAAAAUCGCAAGAGUGUGUUUUAUACCACUGAGGAGUGGGAGCUGCUGGAUCCAACCCCAAAAGACUUGGAGGACUCAAUGGCUCUGGAAGAAAAGAGGAAGCACCUGGCAGAAGGAAAUAAAGGACUGACUAGUUCAGCUUUUCCAUUUGAUUCUGGCCGCAUUCCACACAAAGCAAGGCGCCCGCUGAAGGAGAUGAUUGGCUCAAGCAAGAACCGCACCAGCAGCGACUCCUCCCCGACAGAGUGGGGUUCUGGCAGCGGAAGCAGACUGGUCUCUGAACUGCAGCUCAAGUAUCAAAGCCAGCAGGAAGAGCUGGAGAAGCUAAAGAAAGAUCUUUUGAGCCAAAAGGAGCUGGUUCGACUUCUGCAGCAAACAGUGCGCUCUUCCCAAUAUGAUAAAUACUUUGCAAGCCACCUUUGCGAGGGGGUUCCCAAAGACACACUAGAGCUGUUGCACCAAAAAGAUGACCAGAUUUUGGGCCUCAACAAUCAGCUUGAAAAGUUGAAUCUGGAAAAAGAUAGCCUCCAGCAGGAAGUCAAGAAUCUGAAGUGUAAAGUUGGAGAGCUCAAUGAACGGCUGGGAAUGCUGAUGGAAACCAUUCAAGCUAAAGAUGAAGUCAUCAUGAAACUCUCUCAUAAGCUCAGUGAGUGUGAGGACACCACAUCCUCUCAAAGUGGGGCAAUAAAUUCCCCCACAGCCACCUGUGCUAACAAGGAACUACAGGAACUGGACAGACUAAAAGACAAUCUUCAGGGUUAUAAGACCCAGAAUAAAUUUUUAAAUAAGGAGAUUCUGGAACUUUCUGCUCUACGAAGAAAUGCAGAAGCAAGAGAGAGAGAAUGGCAGGCAAAGCAUACCAGCUUAGAAGCCAAACUCUGCCAGAUUGAAAGUAAAUACUUGAUCUUGCUUCAAGAAAUGAAAACUCCUGUUUGUUCUGAGGAUCAAAGUCCUGCUCGUGAGGUCAUCACACAGUUACUGGAAGAUGCCUUGAAAGCAGAACCUAGUGAACAACCAGAACAAGCAUUUUUCAAACCCCACCUGGUCAGUGAAUAUGAUAUAUAUGGCUUCCAGACUGUCCCAGAGGAUGAUGAGGAGGAGAAACUGGUAGCAAAAUCACGAGCUUUGGACUUGAGGUCACUUUCACUCAGUGAGAAUCGAGAGAUCUCCACAGGAGUGAAGUGGGAGAACUACCUUGCAAGCACAAUGAAUAGAGAGAUGAUGCGCUGUGUGGAGCUGAAGAACCUCAUUCGGUCUGGAAUUCCACAUGAGCAUCGUUCCAAGGUGUGGAAAUGGUGUGUCAAUCUCCAUGUGAAAAAGUUCAAGGACAGUGCCAUUCCUGGCUACUUCCAAACCUUGCUUCAGAAAGCUCUGGAAAAACCAAACCCUGCAUCUAAGCAGAUUGAGCUGGAUCUCUUGAGGACUUUGCCAAACAACAAACAUUACUCAUCCCCAACAUCCGAAGGGAUCCAGAAACUGCGAAAUGUGCUGCUGGCAUUUUCCUGGAGAAAUCCUGAUAUAGGAUAUUGCCAAGGGCUCAACAGGUUGGUAGCAAUUGCGCUUCUAUACUUGGAACAGGAAGAUGCUUUUUGGUGUCUAGUAGCAAUAGUGGAAGUUUUCAUGCCUCGUGAUUAUUAUACUAAGACACUGCUGGGAUCCCAGGUUGAUCAGCGAGUGUUUAAGGAUUUAAUGAGUGAGAAGCUUCCACGACUGCAUGCUCAUUUUGAACAAUAUAAAGUUGAUUAUAGCCUCAUCACUUUCAACUGGUUUCUUGUGGUUUUUGUGGACAGCGUGGUUAGUGACAUCCUUUUCAAAAUCUGGGACUCCUUCCUCUAUGAGGGACCAAAGGUAAUAUUCCGGUUUGCCCUGGCACUGUUUAAAUACAAAGAAGAGGAAAUCUUAAAGCUGCAGGAUUCGAUGUCUAUUUUCAAGUACCUUCGCUAUUUCACACGCACCAUCCUCGAUGCCAGGAAACUGACUGCUAUUGCUUUUGGAGACCUGAACCCUUUUCCCUUACGGCAGAUCAGGAACCGCAGGGCCUAUCACCUGGAGAAGGUGCGGCUGGAGCUGACGGAGCUGGAGGCCAUCCGUGAGGACUUCCUGCGUGAGAGAGACACCUGCGUGUCUCAGGAGAAAAGGGACCUGAUAAGUGAUGAUGAGGAGGAUAGCUGAAACUGCCUCACAGAAACUGUUCUGGGGGAUCCUGGCCGAAGUGAGUUCACCCCCAAAACACAUUCUGAAUCCUAUCAAACAGAAUGUAAACUCCUUGCUCUUGGAAAUAUGCAGGACAGAUUUCCAAGUCCCAGCACUUUCAGAAAUACCACUUUGUAUGGAGGCCAAACACUUCUGUUUACAUUUAUGUUCAUGGAAUUGUUUGUAGAGCACUUAGUAUCUGUCUCAGUUUCAUCAGACAGCUGAGUUGACAGUUGUUUUCUCAAAGUGCACCAUUACUGCCUGGAUGUGAAACAAAAAUAAAAGUCCAUGCUCUGUGACAUUCAUUGCUGUUCUGAGUUUAGGGCUUUUGUGAUGUAAUCAUGUUUUUUUGUAGCGCAGGCUCAAUGUGAGAGGACGUCAUAUUUCUUGGAUUCAGGUUGGCUCAAUUCUUGAGGUCACUAACCAGAAAUCUUGGGAUGAAGAUUCCUUUGUCUUUUUCUGAAGUGUCAUGCAAUGGAUCCCCAAACAGAACGCUUGAAUAUAUAUACUCUAAAGUAACGAUAAAAUAAGUACCUAUUUUUGUCACUGACUGUUGAGUGUGUAUGACAUAGUGAUAGCAAACAUCUAUUUUUUCAGGUCAGCUGUGUUGAUAAAGAUUCUCAUUAAUGCACAAGGGUUUAUAGAUCAAUCUCUCUUCAAUCAAUUCUGUUUGUAUUCACUGUUUUGAUUGCAAUAGUUCAAAAAGGCCACAACCAAACUCCAGAUAUUAUGGAAGAAUGGAGCUUGUUACAGGAGUACCAUGCUUUAGGAGCCAAUUUCUUGUAUAUCUGUUGGAAGUUUGUUUUGUUACCAUUUUUUGUUUCUGCGAGGGUUUUGGGGUGGUUUUUUUGUUGUUGUUUUGGUUUUGGUUGGUUUGUUUGUUUGUUUGUUUUUCUUUAAAGCUUCUUCCUCUUUAGGACCUAAGGUGAAGUCUUGCUAUUGAAGAAGAAACAGAGUUCUUUCUGCAUGAUUGUAGAACUAUUGUACAAUAGUGGUAGUGACUGGAUUAAUAAAACAAAUAUUUACCAAUCAAUCUAAGGAACCUAAAGGUCACAAUGUGCACACGGGAGCUGAAGAUCCCUUUCCAACAGAAAAAUGCAAUAUUCUCUCAAUGUACUUAGCUUUACUGUGAGAGUUGGAUGCACUUUCUGCAAGACAGCUGUAGGAGCAACAUCUGGGCUGUAGUGUUCCUGCUGUGGAAGUGGGACUGGGGACCAUCAUCUCUCAUUUAGUGGCUAGCAGUGCAUGUAAAUGGUUCUGAGCAGAAGGAGGGUUUCUUCCUUGCUGGCUGUUCUCUGGACUUUUGCAGUGUUAUUUCAUUGAGCUGCUGGAUCUUCAGAAUGUUGGAUUGACUAUAAUGUGUCAUGAUAAAACUAGGAUUCAAAUACCAGGCAGCAAAUCAUUGAGCUCUGGGGAAGCAGUGAAUUGGCAAAAACCAAAAUUAAUCACUGGGAAGACUCACGUACAUCAAGCUUGUAUUUCAUGUAUUUUGUUUUGGUUUUCUAGAAGUAGUAGUACUUUAUUGGGUAUAAUCAUGUAAUUGUUUUUGUCAGCUUAACUAUGUGCAGAGAGAAAUCCUACUUCUGUUUCACAGCACUUUUAAAAACAUUUUAUUUUAGGUAAUGUAUUUGUAGCCUUCUCCAAGUAAGCAUAUUCUAAGUUAGUUUAUAUGGAAGGGUACUAUUUAAUCAGAGGUGAAGUUGUAACUAAAGACGAUUACUUUUGAUACAAAAGUUGUGCUUCCUGUAUGACAUAUAAUUUUUACCUAGGCAGCAAAUCCUUGCCAAUGAGGUGUGAUCAUCUUGAUUUAUAUGUUACUAGUUUUCAAAAAUGUCCCCAACCUUGUCUGGUAGGCAGUAGCUGGGGAUUUUUUUCUGCUUCCCUAGUUUCUUUUGGUUGUGUACUGGAGGGCAGGGUUUUAGUAUUAUUGCAUGUACUAUAUUCUUUUUCUAGUUACAAUCAGUAUUUGAAUACAAGAAAAUGGGACUAAGUUUUCUACUUUUCUAGGUAUGCUGUCUUGGUUUCAAAAGAGCUGGUCUCUACAUCAAUAUGUAAUGUAGGUUUUUUGUUUGUAUGUUUGUUUUAAUGUUGUCAAGUGUUAAGUGGAUUUUUUUUUAAGGUGAAGUUCUUCCUUUCAGUGACCACAAAUGGAAUAGUAAGGUGAAGAGUUUAGAUACUUGUACCUACCCUAUUCCUACAAUCCAUUGUUCUUAGGACUAGGUCAUAGUAAAGACUCAAAGCCAAUGACUUCAGGAGAUGUUUUCAGACAUUCCAUUGAAGUGUUUGGGCUGUGAAGAUGAAACAGGACCAUUCUUGUUGGAGUUGUGCUGAUGGUUCAGUUAGUGUGUGCAUGUGUUGCUGUGUUUCAUUCCAUUAAGUUGUUUCCAGUUGUACGGUAAAAGUAGCUCUGUUCUGCUACGGUGUGACUGUUACCCAUGAAUGUUAGGAACCCUGUGGAAGUUGUGCUGUCUCUGGGUAUUUUGUCAGCUUGCAGAUAUUAAAUGAGUUGAUGCUGUUAUGCUCAAGUUCCCUACAAGCUGUUGGCUUUAUUUUGUUAAGCUUCUUACUGAUUUAGUGAUGAGCUAAAAGGUCAAAAAAUGGCAGAGACUUCUCACCUCUGGCCACUAGAAGUCUCUGUGGAACAAAAAUAAGAUGCCUAUAGCAGGAAGUAACAUCAGGGGAGCUUUCCUUGCUUGCUGCUGCAAAUGUCCUUGUGUGACUUAAUUUUCUAGUGGUGCUUAACUCUGGUUACCCUGGAGAGCAGUAACUCCUUAGGGACAUGCAGGAUGCAGAGGCUGUAUUCAAACCUGAUGAAACCAGGCCAAAAUGCAGUGUGCCUCAGCGGCCUGCCAAAGCUGACCUGCAUGGAGCCCAGGAGUUGGUUUUUGUGUGUGAACUGCUGAAGUGGUGCAUGAGGUUGAACAUUCAUGCCAGCCAGACUGGGCAGGUGACCUGUUCAUGCACAUAACUGCCAGGACAAUAUUUUAGUUUCAAGGCCUUGCACAUAAUGUGCAGAGUUGCUCACGCGUGGUUCCCAGAAUAUGUGAUGUAACCCAGACCACUAAGUUACAUUGUGCAGGGUAUUCCUCCAUCUCUGUUCAUGUGUGCAUGGCUUCCUGGUGAAACUUUUCAUUAGUUGUUUAAAAGGAUCUAUUAUCUUCUGUUAAACAGGCUAACAAUUGGUGCGCUACACUUCUAGUUAUUAGAACUGCAUAGUGUUUCAGCUUGACCUGUACACAUGUAUAGACAGUGUUAUCAUCCAGUGUUAUCACAUUGUUUGGUGGUGUUCUUUUUACCAGAUAUGUAAUCAAUAGAGGGAUUUUUCUGUUGUCCUUUCGGUGUCUUCUGUGAGAGAUUCUCCCCUUCCCCUCAGUGUUUGUAAACAUGGUAAGAUAUUUCAGCAGAAAGGGAAAGAUUUUUUCCUUCCUUAUAAAACAUCAGAAAUGAGUGAAUGGUCUUAAAUUUGACAAGCUGUAUGUUCAGAUACAUAACUGAGAAAUGGCAAAUUGAUUAAUUAAAUUGUAUAGCUGUUUAAGUGACUGUUCUCCUAAGUGCCAUGUUAAAUUCAGCAAUAUGCGGUACAAGAAAUUUGAAUCACAGACAUAAACUGUGUUAUCUUCAUAAAGAUUGUGUAAAGAAAAAAUAAAUUGUUUAUU